GACGUUCGUCUCAGCUCCUCUUCCUCCUCUGCCCCGCCGCCCCAGCCUCCACACGCAGCCAGGCACCCCAACAGCGACGGUGCCAUGGAGAGACGACGGAGAAGCCUACCCCUAAUAGCGGCGGCGGCGUUCUUGGUUGUAGCCGCAAUGCCGUACCCCGGCGGGGCCGCGACGCCGCCGCUGCGGAAGGACUACUACGACAAGAGCUGCCGCAACCUGGAGGCCAUCGUGCGGGAGGAGGUGGCCAGGAAGAUAAACGAGACGGUGGUCACCAUCCCGGCGACGCUCCGGCUCGUCCUCCACGACUGCAUGGUUGGGGGCUGUGACGCCGCCGUCCUGAUUGCGUCCAAGAACAACGACGCCGAGAAGGACGCCAAGGACAACGAGUCCCUCGCCGGCGACGGCUUCGACACGAUCAACCGAGUCAAGACCGCCGUCGAGCGGAGUUGCCCCGGCGUGGUCUCCUGCACCGACAUCAUACAACUGGCCGCCAGAGACGUCGUCUUCCUGUCGAAAGGCCCCUACUGGUCCGUCGAGCUAGGCAGGCGAGACAGCCUUGUCUCCAGGGCCAGCGACGUCAAGGGCAAGCUGCCCGACCCAAACAUGCACCUCAAGGAGCUCUCCCCGUUGUUCCAGAGGAGCGGCUUCUCCCCGGAUGACAUGGUCGCGCUCUCGGGCGCGCACACCGUCGGCUUCGCGCACUGCACCCGCUUCCUCAACCGGCUGUACAACUACAGCAGCAGCAUGCCCACGGACCCCUCCUUCCACCCCGACUAUGCACUGCAGCUCAAGCAGGCGUGCCCGCCCAACGUCGGCGAGACCAUUGCCGUCAACAUGGACCCUGUGAGCCCCAUUACCUUCGACAACAAGUACUACACCAACCUCCAGUAUGGGCUGGGGCUCUUCACCUCCGACCAGGUGCUGUACACUGAUGGUGCGACCAAGGGGAUCGUAGACAAGUUCGCCGGGAACCAGAAGGAGUUCUUUGAUGCUUUUGUUGCCGCCAUGAUCAAGCUCGGGAGGUUGGGAGUGAAGACCGGAAACGACGGGGAGAUCAGAAAAGUCUGCACUGCCUUCAACCACUAGAGGGCCUGCAGCAGCAAAUGUAAUUUAGAUUUCUGAUGCUGUUUGGAGUUGAGAUACAUAUACUGAGAUUGAUUCUUUUUUGCAUACAGUUGCCAAAAGUUUGAAGGUGUUCUUUUUUUCUUUCUUUUCUUUUCUUUUCUUUUUUUUUUAAAAAACUUUUGUGCUUACUAUUUUUGGGUGCAUUUUUGUACAGACUGAAGAGUGUAAUACCAUGAAAAACUUGAGGAUGCUUACUUGAAAAGGUUAAUUUGAUGAUAGGGCUAACAAGAGAGA